AUGGAGGACCUCAAGCGCGAGUUUGAAGCCGACCUGGUGAAGAAGGCGCCCACCGAGCUCAAGCCACCAACACAAGUGAGCAAACCACUAUUGGACCAACAUAUGGCGGAUAUGGUAGAGACGAAUCCACCCAGACGGACACAGGGCAAGACGUCGCCAAACAAUGACAAAGAGCAGCCGUCAGCGACUGCGUUACCAACGGCUGCCUACAAAGAAGUCUCCGACGGUACCGGCCUAAAGUUUUAUACCCCACAAAACAGCAUGGAGCGUCGCCUUCCACAGCCCACCCACCAGCCAGAUAUAGAGGACUACCUCCGUCAAGAGUUGGAACGAUCGCAGGUCCAGCUUCAUGAGGCCAACACCCGCGCUGACCAGGCCGAGCGGGCGGCCAGGGAACUAUCAAGGGAGCUGCAACUGCGAUCGCGGACUAGUGCAGUAGCCGAGAUAAGGGGCGGCAGUUCGGAAGACGCAGCCACCUCUCUCCGGGCUGAGAAUGCGAGGCUCAAAGCCGAGCUGGACGAGGCCCGUUCUCACAUCUUCAGUCUCCAGCCAUAUCGCAAAGAACUCACGCCGAAAGAGAUUGGCCAGGAUUUUGACGACCUAGUCAAUAACGUUACCGACUGGGUCACUGAUUUCAUGGACCCGACUCUGGAUAGCGACGAGAGACGGGACGAGGUUCUCACUGCGGCCAAGAAACGACCCGGCGACAUCCAGAAGCUGAAGGGAUAUUUGCGGUCGCAGCCCGAUUUGGUCUAUGGUUGCAUGUACCCAGAGACGGACGUUGACAUCUUCAUUGCCGUUGUGAUGCGGUAUCUUCAGGAUCAUAUCUUCCAAAAGGCCUUGUAUGGGGCUACAUCAGACGUUGUCGAGACCAUCAACUUCCUCGAGGCAUCAAUGCAGACCAAUGUGGAGCCAAAAAGAGAUCAAUUCGCCCUCCGAACCUGGAGCGCCGAAGCGCUCAACGCCCUCAUCUGCUCCCCGAACUACCAGCGCGCCCGCCACACUCGCAAACGGGAAAUCACCACCGACCUAUCCUCUCUCUUCAAAAUCUUCCUCAAGGAGAAAGAAUGGAACAAAUUCUGUGUCACCUGCCAAGACACCAUCAUCAAACCAGCCAUUGCCCUCCACGAGAAACUCCUCACCUCCACAGACCACUUCUACCUUGAUCUCGUCCCCUAUGUCCUCUGGGGCCCACCACCAGACCACAACAUUCGAAUCAGCCCUGAUUUCAUCUCUGACCUACCCCGUAUCCGAUGCGAGAACAUCUUACAGAACCGCAAACCCUUGUCGGUCACCAAACUCGACCCUUCACCGUCCCUCGAGCAGCUACAUCACGAGCUGACACACGUGGUGAGUGUCGUACCGGGACUGUAUAUGCGGCAGGUUGGGAAGGGUGAUGUGAUCAAGGAGCCUACUGUGGUUCGGAUGCAGCAGACCUUGGUGGCGUGGGGCGCGGCGGAUGUAAGAGAGAAGUUUGUUGAGGGUGGUGAGGGGACAUUGGUCAGACGGUUGUGCUUUUCGAGGAAAGAGAGAGGAGAUGAUCAAGGAGGUGGUGGUGGGUUGUGGGAGAAGUGGAGGAAUCUACAGUUAGGGUAG